UCUCCCCAAGCGAGCUGUUGUUAGUGGCUGACGCCGUUGAGAGGCUAGAGGAGGCUCGCAACGAUUCUCCCCUUUUCCUCCCCCCGGUGAGUCUCGUCGCCGCGUUCCCGUCCCGUUGAGCUGCUGUCCCGAGAGAUUGUAGCACAUUUGGUGACUUCCAAGUUUUCAAAUAUGGAUACAGAACAGAUCAUGGAGGGGCAGGCACAGGUUCCAGAAAAUCCUCAUGCUGAAUAUGGCCUUACAGAAAAUGUAGAGAGGAUAGUAGAAAAUGAGAAGAUUAACGCAGAGAAAACAUCAAAGCAGAAGGUGGAUCUUCAGUCAUUACCUACACGUGCCUACUUGGAUCAGACAGUUGUGCCUAUCUUACUACAGGGGCUUGCUGUACUUGCAAAGGAGAGACCACCAAAUCCCAUUGAAUUCCUAGCAGCGUAUCUUUUAAAAAACAAGUCACAGUUUGAGGACCGAAAUUAAUUCCAUGGGAAGAGGAGGACAGUUUGGCUGCUAAACUUACAUGCUAAUUUGUCAUGAUUCAUUCUUUGCUGUAAAAAUCAUACACAAUCACCAAUGUCUUUCAUAACUGCACAGUUUCUCUUAUCUUUUCUUGAGUUAUUUAAUAAAGUACAUUUUUAUUCUCA